AUGGCAAAGGAGGGCAUCGGCCAAGUGAUAUCAUGGUAUAUCUGUACCGUUGUGGCCCUCCUCUUCCUCGUCGCUCGACUGUCCACCCGCUACCAGAGACUAAGGUCGCUGGCCAUUGACGAUGGACUCAUUACGUUGGCAGCAUGCUGUCUCAUUGGGGACUUGGUCAUCCAACAGUACAUGUGGAAUCUGGGCAUGGCUAACAUUCCCAAGGCGAGCCGAGAAGAACUGAUCCAAAUCAUGAAGAUGAUUGUCCCUGGGUCGAUUCUAUAUGUCACGUCAUUGUGGGCGGUCAAAAUCGCCAUGGUUCUGUUCUACAAAAAGCUUGCAGCGCCAGGAACAAGACUGCAGUUAAUAUACAAUAUUGUUUUGGCUCUCUUGGUUGCUUUUUGGAGCACCAUUUUCUUGAACAUUAUUUUCCAAUGUUACCCUCACGACAAGAGAUGGUCCACCGAUCCAAACUACAAAUGCGAUCCACGCCAGGGAGACAUUAAUUACUGGUUAACAGUUCUUUUUAUUAGCUUACCCAUUUCAAUGGUCCUCAAGCUGCAGAUGAAGCUGAAGCUGAAGCUUGGAGUCAUUGCCAUCUUUGCGCUGGGCUUUUUUGUAGUCAUUGCGAGCAUUGUUCGAGCCUACUAUUCAAGGCGGAAGGAGACCAUGCUUACUUGCACCGUCUCCAUGAUUGAGACUGCGGUAGCCAUCAUUGCUUCUUGCCUUCCCCCUCUCCGUACGCUGUUUAUAGGUCCCGCCUCGUCUGUCGGGACGAAAUCUACUCGAGGACAUUACGAAUUAUCAUCAGGUGGCCACCACCGAUCCUGGAGAACAAAUCGAGGGCGCAACACGACUGAUGUCAUGGGUGGCACGCGAAGCAAGGACAACUCCUCGGAGGAUAACUUGGUUAACGAUUUGGGUGCGCCUGUCGCUUCCGCAAGCGCGUCGGCCAGUGGCAAAACCGGUGAAAUCAAAGUAAACACAACAUUUCAAGUGCAUUACGGAAGGGACGAAGAGGGAGGAGUUCAUCCAACGAAACAAGGCCAAUUUUGA